GAAAGUGAGGCUAACCAGAGAAUGGGUUUUCCGUAGUGAGAUGACGUCAUACACCGUUUCAGGAAUGACUAAAUGUUCCAGGCCCUCUCCUAAUACAUAUAGCCUUCCUCGGCUGUCACAACUGUCAUUCUCUUAGACACUUUCAGCAAGUGUGUGCGGUACUUUUGUGUUUCUGUUCUUCAACUACACUAAGUCAUGGGUAUCGACGUAUACUACGCUCCCGCCAGCCCUCCUAGCCGUGUCGUGUUGCUGGCAGCCAAGGCUCUGGGGGUGGAUGUCACCCUCCACACCAUUGACCUGAUGAAAGGAGAGCACAUGACUCCAGAGUACCUCAAGAUGAAUCCUCAACACACAGUACCCACUAUUGUAGACAAUGGACUUGCCCUCAAUGAAAGCCGAGCCAUCAUAAUGUACCUAGCGGAGAAGUACGAAAAGUGUAACACAUUGUAUCCCCAGGACAUAAAAAAACGCGCCCUUGUAAACCAGAGGUUAUACUUUGACGCUGGAACUCUCUUCCAGAGAUUUGCUGAUUUGUAUUACCCAAUGUUCUUUGGAGGAGCCCCUUUUGAUGAGGAGAAAAAGAAGAAACUAGAUGAGGCGUUUGGCUUCCUAGAUAGUUUCUUGAAGACCAACAAGUGCGUAGCUGGCGACACUUAUACCCUGGCUGACAUCUCCAUCGUGGUCACAGUGUCCACUGCUGAAGUGGUUGGUUACGAUGUUAGCAAGUACCCCAAGGUCGCUGCCUGGUUGGCCAAGGCUAAGACUUCCCUCCCUGGCUACGAGGUCAACCAGAAAGGUGCAGAAGCCUUUAAGGGAAUGGUCGACUUUUUGACGAAGAAAAAUUUCAUGGGUAUCAACGUCUACUACGCCCCUGCCAGCCCUCCUAGCCGUGUCGUGUUGCUGGCAGCCAAGGCUCUGGGGGUGAAAGUCACCCUCCACAUCAUUGACCUGAUGAAAGGAGAGCACAUGACCCCAGAGUAUCUCAAGAUGAAUCCUCAACACACAGUACCUACUAUUGUAGACAAUGGACUUGCUCUUAAUGAAAGCCGAGCCAUCAUAAUGUACCUGGCGGAGAAGUACGGAAAAUAUAGCACAUUUUACCCCCAGGAUCUCAAAAAACGCGCCCUUGUAAACCAGAGGUUAUAUUUUGACGCGGGAACUCUCUUCCAGAGAUUUGCUGAUUUGUAUUACCCAAUGAUCUUUGGAGGAGCGCCUUUUGAUGAAGAGAAAAAGAAGAAGCUGGAUGAAGCAUUUGGCUUCCUGGAUAAUUUCUUGAAGACCAACAAGUAUGUAGCUGGCGACACUUAUACCCUGGCUGACAUCUCCAUCUUGGUCACGGUCUCCACUGCUGAAGUGGUUGGUUACGAUGUUAGCAAGUACCCCAAGGUCGCUGCCUGGUUGGCCAAGGCCAAAAAUUCCCUCCCUGGCUAUGAGGUGAACCAGAAGGGGGUAGAAGCCUUUAAAGGAAUGGUCGACUUAUUGACCAAGAAACAUUAAACACUUUUGUUUCAA